UAAUUGUCAUUGCUUUACACUAUGUAUUUUUCACAUAACAAUAUGUCGACAUUUGCUUGGCCACUUAAAUUGAUGAUACCUUUGAGUGUAGCGGGUUAUUUGACGAGCAUAAGCCUGAUACUGCUUUGUUAUGAUUGGCAACCCGUGGAAAAGUUGAAGGAACUCAGUCAGAAUUGGUUGUUAAUGGCGUGCUUGGGAAUUGUGUGUAUAAUGCUGAUCUAUAGUCGACCCAUGCGUUGCAUCUUUGUGCUCGCUUUGCCUUCGUUGAGCAGCUCUCGAGGACGCGCUUUGCUCAUCACUUUGGCCUUCUUUGUGGCUGCUUUGGGUCCCUCGGCCAAUAUUAUGGCCAAUCUGCGCAUAAUGCUGCAAAGUCUGGACUGUGGUCAGCAACUGUUGCGUCAGGCAAUUGGUCAGUUGUUGGAUGUGCUGCUCGAACCCAUUAAAACGGUUCAAUCAGCUGUUGGACUAAUGUUGGACGAAGUGCGUCGCGUGCUGCGUCAGGUGAUGGAUCUCUUGCUGAGCAUCCAAAGAUACUUGGUGUUCUUUAUUGAUACUUUCAAGAGUUGUUCUUCCUGGUUGAAGUCUGUGGCGGAACUUUGUAAUUCCCAGCGAGGAUCACCCGGCACUCGCUGUCAGCGCGCUGCUGAGCGAGUUGUGAUCAAGUGUCGCGAGAAUUUCGUUUAUGUCAGAUCACUUUGCUAUGCCACCAGACUUUAUAUGGCCGUCUGCUUGCCUGUGAUGUUGUUCGAUGUGUUUUGCGUUGACUUCUGGAGCAGAAGUUGGAAUUUUAUGGAUUCUAUAAUGGAACGCUAUUAUGAAUUUGUAGCACAGCUGGAGCAAAUGUUUGAUGCUAGCAUCAGUUUUAAGCACAAUUUUAACUUUCACACAAAUGCCUCGAAGAAUCUUUCCGAUGUCAGCGAGCAGAUCCUGCAGGAUAUCACACAGAGUCUGCGUCCUUUUCGAGUUUUGCAAAGCUGUCUGGAUUUACUUUGCUGGCUGCUGCUGUUGCUGGUGUUUGUCAACGCCGCCUUCUUCUAUCUGCAGUAUAUGCAGAGUCGCAGUUAUCAGAAUGUUUAUUUGACUAGCGACUUUUAUGCGAUUGAACAACAAUUCAGGCUACAAGGAAGAAGACGAGUGUUGCCGUUAAAGUGUCUAGAGCGUGGCAAGUACUUGAAGCUUAGCAGUCUGCAUCUCACAAGUUGCGAGUGUCUAUUGCUGGCUGAGCAUGCGUUCUUGCUGCUCAUCAGCUGCGUUCAGCUCUUUGCAAUUUGUCUGGUGGAUUACAGUCUCUUCUGGCUGCUGGCCAGCAUCUCCUUCUAUGGCCAUCAGCAGGCGGAACUCGAGUUGCCCGCUUACAUUGAACUGGAGAUCAAACAAGGAGGUUUCAUGGGCGACAUCAUGCGUGGCAUUGCGAAUGCUUUUCGUCCUUUAACACAACAAAGAUCGCUGGAUACGCAAGCUUGUCUGCCGUUACCUUUGAGGCCCAACUUUCGCAAGUACUUGGAGAUAUUUCAGUUGUGUCUGCUCGCCUGGCUUAUACUGUUAACGGAGCCCUUUGUGCUGCGUUUGAGGCACGUGAUCAUGCAACAUUUUAAUCCAGAACGUGCGAAAGAAAGAGCGAUUUAUUUGCAUCAGAAGAUAAUCAAGGAGAGAGCUAACUUCUUUAAGAUGCCACGUCGCCAGGCACGAGCUACAUUUCUUUACCCUGCCACAAGUCAUAGAAGCAGCUGCUUGAAAUGGCUGCACUCCAAGCUAUGCUGUUGCUGCCACUUUCUCUGGCCUCGCUGUGAUGUGUGCGUCCUUUGUGGCAAGCUGCUUAGCUCCUCAACCCGCAUCAAUUGUGAUUCACCUGGUUGCCAAGGCAUCUUUUGCCAGCUUUGCUUUAGCUCAUCGAAUAAUAAAUGCAAUCUUUGCCAACGAUCUUUGGAUUGUGACGAUUGCAGCGUUAUCUCGGAGGUUCAGGACUCCUCGGAUGAUCCCGAUGCGGUUUCCUAUGGACAGCAGCAGGCAAAACUUUAUUCCGGUAAAUAACAGACCCAUUUUGAAAAUUUUAUACAAAAAAAUUGAA